UGUUUGGAUCCAUUAAAGUAAAGCCUGCAUUUUCCCGAGAAAAUGCAAUAAUUUUCUCAUCCGCCUAGAAAAAAAAAAAAAUCCAAUAAAACACAUCUUACUUUAUAAUUUUUCUUCGGGUUGGUUGUGUUGUGUGCCUUGAUGGAGAUCAAAUUUUUCUAACAACCUUGAAACUCCCCCUUUCUUAGAUCUCUGUCUUAACAACUCUCACCUUCUCUCUCUCGCUUAAAGUUCUCUUUGUUGUAGAUCUUUCACUGUACAGAUUCCUCUUAUACUUUCUAAUCGCCAUCUCAAAUAUGCUCUAUCUAUCUAUCUAUUUCAUAAGAUUUAGAUUUCUGAAAUGAUGAAAGUUUGAUUGUGCAUGCAUUCAUAAUCAAAUUGAGAAAAAAAAAAUUGUUAACUUUUGUUGAGAUCUGAUUUUUCAUCAAUGUUCAUCAUUUCACCUCUGUUCUUUAUCUUUUUCAAUAAUAUUUCUUUGUAAUUAUAUUUAUCUGCGCUUUAUUUUUUUCCCAGAUCCAUGGCUUUAAUUUAGGGUUUCAUCUCAGCCUUGUAAUUUUUUUUUUUUAAUUUAACUUAUCAGUCUUCAUGCCUUCUUCAAAUUAAGCCUUUGUCUCUACUCAGGUUGGUGGCUUUGUAUAAUAUAUUUAUUAUAUUAUCACAAUGCUGAAGCAAUUUUUCAGUAAGCUUCCGAAAAAAACAUUGAAACCGGACUCGCCUGAGUUGAAUCGUUCAAACUCGGGUUCCUUUUCUACCAACAACAGUAACACAACAGCAACAACGGGAACAACCGCUGGUUCUGGGACACACAAAACUAACGGCGGAGAUAAAUCUUCAAGUGGGCGAUCGAAUAGUGUGAAGCGGACGUCCUCAGCAGUGUUUCCCGCCAGCGUGGUGGCUGGAAUCGAGCCGUUGAUUCCAUUCAAAGAUGUGCCCAAUGCAGAGAAGAUGAAUUUGUUUGUGAGUAAAGUGAGCCUUUGUUGUGUCACGUUUGAUUUCACUGACCCAACUAAGAAUUGUGUGGAAAAAGAUGUUAAAAAGCGGACUUUGAUUGAGCUUUUAGACUUCGUAGCAUCUGGGUCUAUGAGAUUUAGCGAGCCUGCUAUCUUGGCAAUGUGUAGAAUGUGUGCUGUUAAUUUGUUUAGAGUUUUCCCGCCUAAUUAUAGGUCAAGUUCUCAUCAAGGUGGUGGUGAAAAUGAUGAUGAUGAACCUAUGUUUGAUCCUGCGUGGCCACAUUUACAAAUUGUGUAUGAAUUGUUGCUUAAGUUCAUUACAUCUUCAUGUCUUGAUACUAGAAUUGUGAAAAGAUAUGUAAACCACUCGUUCAUUUUGAGACUGCUUGACUUAUUUGAUUCAGAUGACCCAAGAGAAAGGGAUUGCUUAAAGACUAUUUUGCAUAGGGUUUAUGGGAAGUUUAUGGUUCACAGGCCAUUUAUCCGAAAGUCUAUAAGUAAUAUCUUUUAUCGGUUUGUUUUUGAGACUGAAAAGCAUAAUGGGAUUGCGGAGUUGCUGGAGAUUUCUGGGAGUGUAAUUACUGGGUUCACAUUGCCUUUGAAAGAGGAGCAUAAGAUUUUCUUGAGGAGGGUUUUGAUUCCUCUGCAUAAGCCCAAGUCUCUGGGGUCAUACUUCCAACAGCUAUCUUACUGUAUUAUGCAGUUUAUAGAAAAGGAGCCAAAGUUGGCAAGUGUUGUGAUAAAUGGGUUAUUAAAAUACUGGCCAAUAACUAACAGCCAGAAGGAGGUGAUGUUCCUUGUUGAGUUAGAAGAGAUCUUGGAAGCAAUUAACAUGGUGGAAUUUCAAAAAGUCAUGGUUCCAUUGUUCUGGCGGAUUGGGUGCUGCAUUAACAGUUUUCACUUCCAGGUGGCUGAAAGGGCCCUUUUCUUGUGGAACAACGAUCAAAUCGUCAACUUGAUAGUACAUAACCGGCAGGUGGUUUUGCCAAUCUUAUUUCCGGCUCUAGAGAAAAAUGCCCAAAGCCAUUGGAACCCAGCAGUGUUGAACCUCACUCUGAGUGUAAGAAAUAUGUUCUCAGAGAUGGAUGAUGCACUGUACAUGUCUUGCCACACACACUUUAGGGAAGAAGAAGCUAGGCUAAUCUUUGCAGCCGACAAACGGAAGGAAGCAUGGGAACGACUGGAAAGAGCUGCCAGUCGCCACCCUAUAGCUGGAAAUACAGCUGUUCUGGUAACACCUUUAGCAACCUCAAUUGCCUGUUAACCUCCUUAGAAGUUUUUAUUCCGAAAUUUUUUGCCUUGUCUAUAUCAUUUUGGGUGUGGAAACCAGCCGGAAAAGAAAUGUAGGGAGAUGGCUGCAGUUUGGGGGGUUAGGAUUUAGUUGCUGUAACUUGUUUAUUAAUCAUGUAUUUGCGUGUUCAGCUAAUGUACGGGAAUUGGGAUGUUUAUUGUUAUCUUCCUCGGAAAAUUUUAUGGGAAGGCGCCAUGCCAUGUAGUGGAUUAUUUGCAAUUCUUAUGUUUGGAAGUUGCUACAGCGGCCAGUGCAGUGCAAGACAUAAACUCAAAGAGCGCUAUUAUGUGUAUUUAGUUUUGAGUAUUUAAUUAAGUAUAUAGAUAAUAUGUUAUCAUA